GUAUCCAGCUGUGGAGUGGGCUGGGGGAAGCUGGAUAUUCCUCUUUCCUCAGAGCUGGAAGCACAGGGGAGUAGCUAAUACCAUCCCUACGAGCAUUACAUCGCCAUGGGGUUACAUCAGGGUGAUGAUGCAACACUGCUGGCGGAUGAUGCAGUGUCAGUAUGCUAAUGCUGGAACUUAAUAUAACUGCCUUACGACUUUCCUGUGGUAAUUACAGGCCAGCUCUCACACGUGGAGCUGCUGGGAAUCAGUGAUUCCAAUUGGGAGUGCUGCUGUCCCGGGGACGGUUGGGAGCUGUGGGCAAGGAUCCUCGCUCCAGACACUUCCCAAGCGGCGCGGUCAGGAUCCCACCUGGAACCCAUGAACUUCAUUGACAGAGCCUCACAAUGACAGAGGAAGCAUGCAGGACACGAAGCCAGAAACGAGCACUAGAACGUGAGGUACCGCACAACGAUGUGGACAGCAAGAAACUGAAAAUGGACAAAGGACUAUUGGGGACAGAGAUCAGUGCUGAAGGCGACAUGAAAAUCAAAGCAGAUCCUGGAGCUGGCAAAGUGCAAGGGUUAUUAAAAGGUGGGGAGGUGAAAGCAACCAUUAAAGUGGAGGUGCAGACGGGAGAUGAGCCUGUGGACAUGAGUACCUCAAAAAGUGAACUAAAGAGAGAGAAGCGAGUGCCCUCCCCGGAUGUGAUAGUGUUAUCUGACAAUGAACCUUCCAGCCCUAGGAUGAAUGGGUUAACCAAAAUAGCAUUAAAAGAGACCAACACAGAGGCGCUCAUGAAAAGCAGCCCAGAGGAGCGGGAGAGGAUGAUUAAACAGCUAAAAGAAGAGUUACGGUUAGAAGAAGCAAAACUCGUGCUAUUGAAAAAGCUACGGCAAAGUCAGAUCCAGAAGGAGACUGCUAUCCAGAAGCCUGCUGGUUCCUCUGGGAGUGCUGUGGCCACCCCUCCGCCCUUGGUGCGGGGACCGCAGAGUGUUGCUGCUGGCAAGCCAUCCCUCCAGACCUCUUCUACACGGAUGCCAGGCACUGUUAUUCCUCCUCCCUUGGUCCGUGGAGGGCAGCAGACUUCUUCCAAGUUAGGAACUCAGCAGAACACGCAGAUAGUGAUGCCACCUCUUGUCAGAGGAGCACAGCAAAUCCACAACAUCCGACAGCACUCCAGCACGGGGCCACCUCCACUGCUGCUGGCGCCGCGCGCGUCGGUCCCCAGCGUCCAGAUCCAGGGGCAGAGAAUCAUCCAGCAGGGACUGAUCCGCGUGGCCAAUGUCCCCAACACCAGCCUGCUGGUCAACAUCCCGCAGGCUUCACCAACUUCAAUCAAAGGUACAUCCGUGACAUCCGCUCAGGCCAAUGUUACUCCAAGCAGUGCCGCUUCCAUGGGGAACGCUGGUGAGUCCCCGGCCAGCCGGCAGGCCGCCGCCAAGCUCGCCUUGCGGAAGCAGCUGGAGAAGACGCUCUUGGAGAUCCCUCCUCCCAAACCUCCUGCACCCGAGAUGAACUUCCUGCCCAGUGCAGCCAAUAACGAAUUCAUUUACUUGGUGGGCUUGGAAGAAGUUGUGCAGAAUCUGCUGGAAACUCAAGGUAAAGUUUCGGUGGCUGUAUCAUCUCGUGAGCCCUACAUGUGUGCUCAGUGUAAGACUGACUUCACCUGCCGCUGGAGGGAGGAGAAGAACGGCAUCAUUAUGUGUGAAACCUGCAUGACAUCCAACCAGAAAAAGGCCUUGAAAGCUGAGCACACGAACCGACUGAAAGCUGCCUUCGUAAAAGCACUGCAGCAGGAGCAGGAGAUCGAGCAGAGGAUACUGCAGCAGACCUCAGCUCCUGUACAGACCAAGUCAGACCCUAUAGUGCAGCACCACUCACUCAAGCAGACUUCUAGCCAGAUGUCUCGAGGUCCUGGAGCUCCCCGGGGAGUGUUGCAUGCAUUUAGCCAGUCACCCAAGUUGCAGAAUGCAUCGUCUGCAGCAGCACUUGGGAGUAGGCCAGGUAAGCAUGCUGAGAGACCUGUCAGCAAGGGCAGCGCUGCCGCCUGGAAGAAGACUCCCGUCAAUACAGGUGGGGCUUUGCCUUUCGUUAACCCUAGUUUAGCUGUGCACAAGUCCUCCUCAGCAGUAGACCGCCAGCGUGAAUAUCUCCUGGAUAUGAUUCCCCCACGGUCCAUCCCACAGUCUGCCACGUGGAAAUAAUGCAGAGGAAUGCCCAAGAAGAAGACUUUCCUGUUUCUGCCAUCCUUUUUAUACCACAUUACAGUGGAAUCUGCUUUAAUCCCAGCUGGAUAUGCCCCAGGCUUUAUAAGAUGCAAGAAGACCACUCCUCAUCCCAUCGAGUGCUGCUGUCCCUGCAAUGAGAAGACAACACCAUGUGGGUGGGAAAGAGUUGAGCUCAUUUGGUUCUCAGAUUCUUAGCAUUGACUGAUGAUGAAGGCUGUCAGGGAAGGGGAAGAAUUCUCUCUCUGGUUUUUUUUGGCUUUCUGUCUUUAGUUUGGAUUCCUUUGUCACCAGCACAAAAGGAGGACUCGACGACUCUCUGCCUUCAGUUUCUUUAUUCAUAACCACCCAGUCACCAGGAACACGGUGUUUGAGGAUCUCAGCUCAAGGAGAGAGGAAUCUCAACCCCGUCUUGCAGAUGCAUAUAGUUCAUGUUUGCUUUUCUUCCCUGCCCCUCUCCAGCCAGGAAGGCAGUCAACAGAUGAAAAUGUUUCCAGAUCUUCUGAUGAUGAGCUAAUGAUAAAUAAGUGUGAACUCCAGUUCCGGUCGAGUAUGGGUUUGGGUUGGUUUUUUCUUUUCCUAAGGGACUGGCUGCCACCAAAACCUGUCAGGUCGGUGGGAAGCAGUGCAGGAGUCUCUCGCUUUUGUUGGAUUCUGUUUGGAAUAGACUUUUUGAACUGUUGGUAGUCUAAAAAUCUAAUUUCCUCAAUAGACAAACACCUUUUGUUCAGUCUUUCUAAUUCAGCGAAGAGCAGUUGGGCCUUUCAGAUGCUCCCAGAGACUUCAGAGUGGGACUGUUUGGGAUUAUUUUCUUUCUGGAAG